AUGUCAAGCCUUCCUCGUCAAAGCCCUCUCUCCAUAAUAUCCACGAGACGGAGAGGCUCGAUCGGAAAAUCAACCGAUGAUGAUGAUGAUGAUGAGAGGUUACCUAUGGGACCAACCACUACGAGUACGAUGAGAAGGAGUAUUACGGAAGAUGAUGGAAGUGCUUUGGAAGUUGCAAAUAAUUAUCAUCAGAGUUAUAGUACCAAUAAUAAUAUUUCAAUAACACCACCUACUUCAUCUCCGAAUACAUAUACAGGUAUGAACAAUGAAGAUGGUAGUACUGUGAUAAAAAGCAGUCCAAGAAGAGGAUCUCCUCCAACACAUUUGGAAACCACCAACAAUGGUACCAACACUUCUGCUGCUUUAAAGACUUUCAAUAUGCCCCGACAAUUGCCAACAGGAAAUAUUGGAUAUGCUGGCGGUAAUUCAACAAGUCAAAUUCAAAGUUUUACCUCACAUGUUACGUCCCCACCUACCAAUUCAUCGAGUACAUACAUUCCACAUUCCCAACAAUUAUUUAUAUCGAGCAAUGAAAAAAUUGAAAAAUUAAUGAAAGACACCUUUGGUUCACAACUCUCUGGCUUAUCCAAGACCAUUUCAUUUUUGCAGAAUGUGUGUAAUAUUGAAGAGAACUACCAACAAAAAAUUGCUAAUGAAUGUAGCAAUAAUUUUGACUCCUAUUUUCAAGGAGAAUUGGGUAAGAUGCUCAAUUCAUGUAGAAGUUUCUACUACAAAAAUUCUAAAAGCUCUGAUCGAUUCACAAGAGAUGUGAAAAACUUCCUUUGUGAACCUCUACAACAAAUCUACAAGGAUCUCAACAAGAAAAAGAAGCUCUUCAAUCAAACACAUGACAAUAUUUGUAAAACACAUAACAAUGCUCUUAAUGACCUCCAACACAAACGGAAAAACAAUGACCAAAAGCGUCAAAACUUAGAAAAUGCAGAAAGAAAAUGGAAGUUAGCACUUUCUCAGUCACAGUCAGAAAAGUCAAACAAACAUGAAUCAAUGGCAGCCUCUAUUCUCAGCACUUUUACCUCCCUUUCUAACGAACAAACAAAGUCCAAAUAUGAACAAAAUUUAGAGGAAUAUUCAGAAAGUGAGAUUGAAUUGCAACAAUCCAAGAAAAAGUAUGACUUGCUUGUUCAUAAUUCACUUCAACCACAAUUUAAAGCCAUGUCAGAUAAAUUGUGUGAACAAUACACAGAAAACGGAACCAUUAUUCAUCUUUAUAUGCAACACUUAACCAAAUUAUUAGAAGCAAGAGUAAUAGAGGCUCAAAAUAAUUUAGAUACAUUUAAAAAAUGUGUUGAUUCAAUGAAGUUGAACGACAUACAAACCUAUUUGACUUCAUUCAAAAUUGAUGUCGAGGAGCCAAAGCGUCACAAGGAAGAUCAUUCCCACAGUUUUGAGAAGUCAAAUUCAUCAUCGAGUAUUGGUAGUACUAGCAAUACUACACCUUUUAUUUCUGUGUACAGCCAAGAACGAGACGACGAUACUGUUUACUUUGAAAAUGUUUUGAACGAAAUUUGGAAGAAAGACGAAUCCACAGAAUUGUCUACUCAGGAGUCUCUUCUCAAUGCAGAGCCACCGCAGAAUUCAGAGGGGACAUCUUCCAAUGACUCGGAGAACAUUAUCGUACGCCCAAUUGUGGACAGUAAAUACAUGUCCAUGUUAACUGAAACCAAAAACCGCCUCAGCCAAUCCCAGAAAUGUAGGCUUGGAUUUUGUAAAGUUCUCAAUCAAAAACGGUCAAAAGCAUGCUUCACAAAGUUUGAUUAUUUCCAAGAUCUCGCAGAAUUAAUGGGAUAUUGUUUGGACCUGGCUCACUCACAAUCUGAUCAAAAUGUUGGAAGAUUAAUUUUAAACAUGACACAAACAUUUUAUUAUUAUGGUAAUGAUUAUCCUGACUUACCCGAGAACUCUACACUACCCAAAGAAAAGAAGAAAAUAUUUGUUUACUCAAUUCUCGAUGAUAUGGACUGUUGGCAAGACCUGAGAUUUUGGGAAUAUUGCCUCUAUGACGCUCUAAACAGUGAAAAGCUAAAUAGACAAACGAGUAAUCAAGUGGAUAGCCAACAAUGGCAAGCAGAACAUGAAAAUGUUGUUUUUGGUAUACUGAGCAGUUUUUGCUUUACCAUGAACGAGAUGAAAAUCUCACCUCGUAUCAUUCGACAAUUUGCCGACAAAAUGUGUAAUAUUAACUCACUGAACGAUGACUACAGACAAAUGGUUCUGUCUGUUGUUGACAAUAAUAGUUCUCUCAAUGAUCAUGGGCAUGAAACUGAGAAAAUGUCCAAAUACCGAUCGAAACGUUUGGGAAUGGUUAUGGAGCAUGAUUCGAACGAACUGGAUUUGUUGAGAAUCAAAAUUCAAUUAGAAUCAACUAAAAUUGAGAAGGAAUAUUUUUCUCCAACACCAGAAACGAAUUCCAAAGAUGAAGCCAUUGAUACUAUCCAUAGAAGGGAAUAUGCAUCUCCACAUGACGAGCAUAAUAGUCCACCCUGUGAUAAACUCGAAGAUGAUCACAAUGAAAGUACUCCAGUGCAAGAAGGUGAGAACAAAGGCGUAUCUGAAUAA